AUGGUCCCUGUCCAGUUCUUCACAGGUGGGGCUGCUGGUCACAGGUGGGGCUGCUGGUCACAGGUGGGGCUGCUGGUCACAGGUGGGGCUGCUGGUCAGAGGUGGGGCUGCUGGGCACGGGUGGGGCUGCUGGUCAGAGGUGGGGCUGCUGGGCACGGGUGGGGCUGCUGGUCACAGGUGGGGCUGCUGGUCACAGGUGGUGCUGCUGGUCACAGGUGCCUGGUGCCUGGUGCUGGCGGCUGGCGCUGGUGCUGGUGCCUGGUGCUGGCGGCUGGCGCUGGUGCUGGUGCCUGGUGCUGGCGGCUGGCGCUGGUGCUGGUGCCUGGUGCUGGCGGCUGGCGCUGGUGCUGGUGCCUGGUGCUUGCGGCUGGUGCUGGUGCUGGUUCCUGGUGCUGGCGGCUGGCGCUGGUGCUGGUUCCUGGUGCUGGCGGCUGGCGCUGGUGCUGGUUCCUGGUGCUGGCGGCUGGCCUUGGUGCUGGUUCCUGGUGCUGGCGGCUGGCGCUGGUGCUGGUCCCUGGUGCUGGCGGCUGGCGCUGGUGCUGGUUCCUGGUGCUGGCGGCUGGCGCUGGUGCUGGUUCCCUGUGCCUGCGUUCCGCUGCCAAUCCCUUCCCCUCCUCCCUCUUCCCCCCACAGCGUUCCGCCGCCAAUCCCUUCCCCUCCUCCCUCUCCCCCCCACAGCGAUCGCCGCUGCACACGUGA